AUGCAUAUUAUGCGCCUCCUGGGUCAAGUCUACGGUUUCUUGGAUGGUGACAAGCAUCCACGAGAUGGUAUUCCUGAUGUUGGUGUCGGCAAGGUCAUACGGGAGCUGAUUUCCACCUCAACGCUUCGCAUGACCAUGGCCAUUUUUGUGACCUACCGACAAAAUGAGACACCGGCAUCUCUCAGAUGGGGCUGGCUAGCUUUGGAGAUAGGUCUCUAUAGCAUCACGGUCGAUUUUUGGUUCUAUUGGUAUCACCGCUUAAUGCACUCGACAGGCUCUUUGUGGAAGAUGCACCGCAGGCACCACUUGACGAAGCAUCCUAACCCAAUGCUUGCUGCUUAUGCCGACCAUGAGCAAGAGUUUAUGGAUAUAAUAGGCAUCCCGCUUCUUGCAUAUUUCACCCUGAAGCUCCUGGGAUUACCUAUGGGAUUUUACGAAUGGUGGAUCUGUUAUCAAUAUGUUGCUUUCUCGGAAUUCAUCGGACAUAGUGGCCUCCGAAUUCAUGGUGGCGCACCCUCUACUCUAAACUGGUUGCUGGAGCUCUUCGAUGCAGAACUGGUGAUUGAAGAUCAUGACCUGCACCACCGCUAUGGAUGGAGAAAAAGCCACAACUAUGGCAAACAAACCCGACUUUGGGACCGAGUUUUUGGCACCUGUCAUGACCGGAUCGAAAGCAUAAAAGAGAACGUCGACUACUCAAACCGUGUUACAAUGCCGCUUCUUUAA